AUGAGGUUGUUAUUAUUAAUAUUGUUUUCGUGUGGAUGUUAUGGACAGGAGGUGAAUAAUGAUAAUAAGGAAAGUACAGAGCUAUCAAGGGCACUAGAUGAUCGGCCUUUACUUUUUGCUACAUUAGGAGGAGGAAUGGUUGCAGUGGAGCCAGUUUCAGGAAAUAUAAUAUGGAAAUUGAAAGAUGAACCCGUGGUAAAAGUACCCAAUCAACAUGCAAAUUUGAUGCCCCAAUUCUUGCCCGAUCCACGCCAUGGCUCCCUCUAUAUGUAUGGGCCGAGAGGUGAUAAGCAGAUGCUGAAGAAAUUGCCCUUCACCAUUCCGGAGCUGGUGGCGAACGCUCCGUGCCGAUCUACGGAUGGCAUCUUGUAUACGGGCAAGAAGAGUGACACUUGGUUUAUGCUGGACCCUUUAACAGGGUCUAGGGAGCAUAUUUCAGGGUUUGAAAAGUCAAAGAUUUUCAAAAGCGACGAGGAAAAUACGUGUCAGUUGGACAAGAAGCGAGGUGUAUAUGUAGCCAGGACCGAGUACAAUAUACUGAUGCACGAUUCCAAGAAUGAGAACCACAAAUGGAAUGUCACUUUCUUCGAUUACACAUCCCAUGAUAUGGCGAAGGAGCUGCUUAACGAUUAUGGAAUAAUCCACUUCACAUCAACAUCGAACGGCCGCAUAAUGUCCUUCGCUCGAAAAACCGGUGAUCUCGUAUGGUCUCAUAAUUUCGAGACCCCAGUAGUCGCCGCCUACUUGCUAGACAGAGACGGACUUAUUUCUGUCCCCUUCAACUCGAUUGGGGAUGACACAUUGGACCAUAUUAUGGAAGAUGCGACAACUUUGAGAAACGGACAGGGGAUCAAGAAUUCGAAUAUUGAGUUAUACCCAACUCUAUACAUAGGCGAACACAACCAUGGUCUCUAUGCGUUGUCGUCUCUGGUAGACAAGAACACAGUAACAAUAUCCACCGGUCAUUCUCGACCGCUCCUGCUCGAAGGACCAGCGCUCGAAAGUGAAACAACAGAGAAACCAACAUACGAAUACAAAAACAUUCACUACCAACUUAAUGAUAUAAAUUUGCACGUUACACCUCCGUAUCUAUUGCUAGGUCAUUAUAAGGUCCCGGAACUGACUACGUCCUGGAUGCCCCAGCUACCAAAUAGUAAUAUGAAGGUCCAAGAUUCGAAUAAUAACGCGAUGAAAUUAAUUAACGGGCAAGUGAGCCAGGAGGCAGAUAAAGAUGAAAAUGAGACAAACUUAAAAUCUAAUUCUAUAUCUGUGUCGGUACAAACGGACGACUUGUUCGCCGAUUUCAGCUUACGUCCGGAUUUGUGGUACAAGCAAGUGUACAUUUGGUUGAAUCAGCAGGAGAAUAAGGCUUUAAAGAUGGCGCUGAUCGUGCUUAUGGGGUUGGUCGUUACGAUGUUCUGGUACCUGCGACUGCAGGCGCGUGAGUUCCAACAGCUUUCUCAGGGCGGGUCCCGUAGUUCCAACGCGUCGACGUCGUCACAAGGAGAAGUUACUGGCCAGUUGGUGGAACUUGGUGAUGGGCUGGUGCAGAUUGGCAAAAUAAGCUUUUUCACUGAUCAGAUUUUAGGGAAGGGCUGUGAAGGGACCUUUGUGUACAGAGGCACCUUCGAUAAACGAGCAGUGGCCGUUAAGCGUCUACUUCCAGAGUGCUUUACGUUCGCUGACCGCGAGGUGGCACUUUUACGGGAGUCGGAUGCGCACGCGCAUGUCGUACGGUACUAUUGUACUGAAAGGGAUAAACAGUUUAGAUACAUAGCUUUAGAGCUAUGCUCAGCUACGUUGCAGGAUUACGUAGAGAAGAAACUCAACUUUGAGUGCAGUAUUGACGCUGUUGAGGUUCUGAGGCAGGCGGCGUUGGGUCUAUCUCAUUUACACUCUAUGGAUAUAGUCCACAGAGACAUAAAACCCCACAACGUGUUGCUUUCAAUGCCAUCCGGUUCUGGCGAAGUGCGCGCCAUGAUAUCGGACUUUGGUCUGUCGAAGAAGCUCAAUAUUGGGCGAGUGAGCUUUUCAAGGCGCUCCGGGGUGACCGGCACUGAUGGUUGGAUAGCACCAGAAAUGAUUAAUGGAGAGAGAACGACGACAUCAGUAGAUAUGUUCUCUUUGGGCUGUGUGUUCUAUUACGUCCUGUCGAAGGGACAGCACCCUUUUGGUGACGUUUUGAGGCGACAAGCGAAUAUACUUACUGGAGAUUAUAACCUGGAGCAUUUAGAUAAAAUUUUACCAGACGAAGAGGUUCUAUUAACGAAAAUCCUGAUAAGAUCGCUGAUAUCAGCAAAAGCAAAUGCGCGGCCGCCCUGUGAGACUGUACUUAAAUAUCCCAUAUUUUGGGGUAAACAGAGCAUACUUAACUUCUUACAGGACGUUAGUGAUCACGUAGAGAGUUGCAACGCGGGCACAGACCAUGCUCUAGAGCAGUCCUGCAAAAGAGUUAUAAGAGGGGAUUGGCGCGCACACGUGUGUGCCGUCGUGGCGAAUGACCUAAGAGCGAGACGGACAUAUCGCGGUGAUCGUGUCGCACAUCUGCUUAGAGCUAUUAGGAAUAAGAAACAUCACUAUCGGGAACUGGAACCGGACGUCCGAAACAGUCUAGGGAAAGUUCCAGAUGGCUUCAUUACCUACUGGCUUCGAAGAUUUCCCUUCUUAUUACCACAUGUUUGGCUUCAAAUGCAGCAGUAUAGAAACGAAGACAUCAUGCAAGGCUACUUUCCACACACCUUCACAUUUAAUAGGAGUGACGUCACAGAACUAAGCGACGACGACUACGAAAUCGAACUACCCUCAUUAUAUGACUAUGACAAAAACGAACUUUUCGUCAAGAGCAAAGUGUACUACGACGAACAUGACCCUGAAAGGCGAUUGAGGAAAGAUUCGCCAAAAAAACGCAUGGAUUGGAGAACAGAUGCAGAUAGAACGAGGCAAGACGAUAUUAGAAUGAGAGAUAGGCAUUAUUACAAGAAGCGAGAGAAGAAACAAGAUAUGCCUGUGUGGAGUUUGCCGCCACAGUGA